AUGAGACGGUGCAUCACUGCGCGGCUUACUUUUCAGCGUCUUCUCUGUGGUGAUAAGUUAGUGAUAAGAGAUGAUAAAUCUAUACAUGAAGUGGCAUCCACUUUUCGAAAACAGUUUCCCAUCGCCCCCAUUCCUGUGCCUAUUGCGGCAGCUUUAGGAAGAAGUUACGUGUUAACAGGUGAAACGCAGCGAGUGGUGACGCUACUCUCUACUCAUCCAUCCGCACGUGAUCUUGCAGAAGAACUUAUUCAGUUGCUUUCUCAAGAUACCGCUGUGGAUGCGGAUACACUUCUGCGAUUAAUGGCUGCGGUACGUCCUGUUUCAUCCGUCAUUUCUUCUCAAUUCCUUGCCUCUCUUGCAGGAAGAUUAGUUAAAGAUGGAAAGUCGAAAGAAAUUAAAUUAUUGCUUAUGCGAGAGAUACGAGAGGUGCCUCAUCUUGCAGGGGUACUCCUUCGUCCGCUUUGUGAAGUAAGUGAUCCGAUAAACUCUGAAGACAAACAAAACGUUGCAGAUGCAUUAAAUAUUGCUUUAUUGCGCUCAUUCGUUAGCCCAAAAGAUUAUGGUUAUGUACUUACUUUACUUUCACGGGGAGGAGAACAUCGAAAAGUACUUGCACUUUGGUCAUGGAUGAAACAUACAUCAGCUCGAUGGGAUCAAAAAGCAGUUUCUGCCGUGAUUAUCUCAGCAUCACUAUCACGAAAAAUGAAUGUGGCCAUUAGUGCUAUUCAAAGUUUAGCUGAAUCUAAUGAAGAUCCCACCAUAGAAUCUCAGAAAUAUUUUAUACGAUAUUUGGCAUCCCGAUUUCCACCCUUAUCACGUUAUGCAGAUCAACUUGUUACACAUUGGCACACCAACGUUCAACUCUGGAAGACUGAAGCUCGAGUAGUAGGAGUAGAGUUACUUUUUGCUCAUUACCAUAGUAAAGAUUAUGACCGUCUACGAGAGUUGCUUCUAACUGCUGAAAGUGUGGCAGAUACAAAUGAGGCGAUAGAGGAAAUCCUUAAGGUAAAAGGAAUGCCAUAUAUUUUACGACAUUUCGCUUCCGAUAUUGUUGAAGAACCAUGGCUUCAAAAAUUCUUUGCUUGUGGAAUAAGAAUAAAAGAUCUUGGAAAAUACCCACAACUUUUGGCAACUCUAGCAAGUUUUGCUCGUCACGUAAAGGAAGAAGAAGAAUUUAUUAAUUCUAUACGAGGUAUCGAAAUGAAUAGUGAAGAUUUUGAAGAAAUGGCAAAAUUUGUGGCAGAUGAUAUUUGCUUUAGAAACGCAGGAGAAACACUGCGGUUCAUCAGUAAUAUCGCGGAAGCCCUUUCACAGCAGGUUCCCACAGGUGUGAGUAGUUGGCUCCAACUUUUGGGGGAAAGUCGAGGAUCGUAG